AUCAUUCAGUAUGUUAUGCACGGUGUUUUCGUGUCUAUUUAGAAAUUAAUUUAUGAUUCUAAUGUUAUUAAAGUGGUUAAUAUGUUCAUUGUUCAUAAUAUAACAAUAAUUAUUAAAAUAAAAUGUUGAAUGUAAUAUAGGUAACAUAAUAAAUCUCAACUCUAUUGCGUAGAUUGUAAAUUUUAUAAUAUCAACUAUCAAAGUACGGGGAGCAUACAGUUAUGACAGCAUUCAUUAAGAUAUUGAUUAUUACAUUUUAUUGUGGCGUUGCUACGUUGUAUUUUAAACCAGUAGAAGGUGAACGAAUUUUGGCUAUUGGUGCAAUAGCUGGAAAGAGUCAUUGGAACUUUAUGGAAGGAAUACUCCGUGCAUUAACAGACCACGGUCAUCAAGUAACAGUUUUGACACCAUUUACUACUGGUGACCGAGAAAAUUACACAGAGGUAGAUUUAUCUAAAGAAAUUAGAACAUUGGUACGGUUGGACAUUGACUUGGUGCAUAAAGAAUUUACUGCGUAUUUCGAUUUAAUUAAUUUUGUUAAUGGUUAUAGUCGAAGCGUUUGUAAGAUAUUAGGCGAAAAUAAUUUCAUUAAGAACAUAUUAACUAAAUCAAAAUUAAAUUUUGAUGUCAUCAUCAUAGAGUUAAUGGCAUCGGAAUGCGGUUCAUAUUUAUCUGCAAAAUUUGACAUACCAUUAAUAUACGUCACACCACCACCUUUAAUAUCAUACAUAGAACGUACUAUCUUAGGGCAUUAUCCAAACCCAGCUGUUGUGUCACAUGUAUUGGCUGAUCACAGCGUUCCAAGAACAAUGAUUGAACGAUUUACAAACACUAUGUUGUUGUUUUCUACAACAUUUUUGCUUCAGUACAAAAUUUGGUUGGCAAGAAUAGUCGAUAAAGAGCCUUUUGAUCUGAUCGAACCCAUUAAGCCCUCCAUAAUAUUUAGUAACGCACAUUUUAUUACCGAUGCCCCAAGACCUAUUCUACCAAGUGUCAUUCAAGUUGGUGGUAUACAUCUCAGUCCACCAAAAAAAAUACCUGACGAUAUUUCAGAAUUCAUCGAAAACUCGCCAAAUGGAGUCAUUGUUUUCACAUUAGGUUCUGUCGUGGCAGUAUCUUCAAUACCAGAAAAUAUUAGAAAUGCUAUUAUAAAAGUAUUGAGUCAGGUUCCUCAGAGAGUGCUGUUAAAAUAUGAAGAUGAAAUGAUGAACAUACCAGAGAAUAUUAUGAUAAAGAAAUGGUUUCCUCAACGAGAUGUACUUUUGCAUCCAAAUGUAAAAUUAUUUAUAAGUCAUGGAGGAAUAUCUGGGGUGUAUGAGGCUGUGGAUGCCGGUGUUCCGGUUCUAGGAUUUCCCGUGUUUUUUGAUCAACCAAGAAAUUUAGAAAAUUUAGUGGACGCAGGGAUGGCAAUUUCAAUGAAUCUUGACUCUGUGACUGAGGAUACAUUUAUGAAUGUUAUUUUAGAGCUCGUUAACAAUAAAAAGUACAUGCAAAAUGCUAAAAUCGCUUCUGAUCGUUUUAAAGAUCGCCCAAUGACGCCAUCAAAAACCAUUGAUUAUUGGACGAGAUACGUUAUUCGUCAUAAAGGCGCACCUCACUUAAAAUCUCAAGCACUUAAUUUGAAAUGGUAUCAAUAUUUUUUACUGGACGUCGUUGCUGUUGUCAUAUCAGUCGUUCUAUUAGUUUUUUACAUUAUAUAUAAAACAUUUAAGUGUAUGAAAAAACGAUAUUUAAAUCAUCGAUAAAAUCAAAAUCAAAACCUGAGUAAACUUUUGUUUAAAAAUGUUUUUGUUAUAACAAAUAAAAACAAUGCAUGUAAACA